AUGUUGGACGUCUUUGCGCUAGCCGCAACACUGCCCGCUGUGGCAUCUCCAUCGCCACCACCGCCUCCUCCAAAGCCCGAGACUCCCACGCCUUCACCACCACCUGCACCGACGAAGACAGUGAAAGAACCGGAGCCACCCCCAGUGCCCGUGAAGCAGAAGCCGACGGUGCCGCAGUAUUACAUGGACGGCGUGUACCUCUCAGAGUCUGGUAUACAGCAGAUAAAGGCGCUGACCAUCGAGCAGCCCAAGCGGCAGCGAGUGCGACGGCCGCGCCAGCCCUCGGGGGGCCAACCCCAGGGCAGCACGACUACUCCGCCGCAGUCUUCUCUAUCGACUGGCCUGUUCGGAUUCCGGGGCAGGCUCUCAACGGAGGACUCCGAAGACGGCAGCAAAGAUCUAAUGGAUGUAGAUGUAGAACCCAAAAUGGAGGUAGAUGAGGAGACAAAGUUAACUUCCGAAGAGGUUGCCAAACAGGAUGCCGAGAGCGAGCUAAAGAAGAAGCGACAACGUAAACUUCAAAAGCUCGGAAUCGGAGGAUUUGUCGCAAAAGCCAGAAGUCGGAGCAUCUCCGCCAAGGAACAGGAUGUGACGUUGCCCUUGGCCGGAGCUGGGGAGACAAGUUCAGAGGCAGCGUUGGCUGCGCUCUCUGGAGACGUGGCCGCCCCAGCCCCCGAGCCAGCAGCUGAAGCAACAGGCACAACGGCAGAGAAGCCCAAGCGUCGGCGGCGAGUGAAGAAGAAAAACCCUUUGGAAGAUAGCUUUCCCCUAUACCUUCAGGAGGCGUUCUUUGGCCAAAACUUGCUUGCCGCUAGCAAGACGGAGCAAGCUCCCGACAUGCCGAGUGAGGAUGACGAGGAUUCUACGCUGGGACGCUCCGAGGAUAAUUCUAUCGUUGUCCUGGAGACGUCGCAGGAUAAAUCGGAGGAUGCCCGUGUUCCGUCGGACAGUGGCGCCCCCUCUCCUGCUCUUCACACCGCUGGUGGGAACAAGGGAGAGAGCCCUGCUCUCCAUGACGACGGUACCUGCACUCCCAUCAAGACUGGAAGUGAUGAUGAGGACCUGGGGCUGAAGGACAUCUUGCCUCAUGACCUUCCUCAAGAUGACGAUCUGAUGAAUAUGCUCAUGAAUGAGGGCGACGAUCUCUCUAAACAAGGAUCUGGGCUCGACGAUGUUACCCUGAACGAGCACUCGGGCGCCGGCGUGUCAGAGGAGGAGGGCUCAGCUGGUGUCAAGGACAAUGAUCCACUGUCCGGCAACAUUGACACGGUUCUGCUGAGCCCUCACUUCAACCUGGUUGACAGCAUGGUGUCUGCUGGCUCAGGGUUACCACAUAUGGACAGCAAGGACGUUGAAGAUGUUUUCAAAGGUGUGCUUAGCCCUGGUGAUAGUUGUGGACCACCUGAGAGUGUGGGCUCCAUGGGUGCGUCGGCAACCAGCAUGUCACCCCUGCCGCAGCAGCACGGUGCCUCGGGGUCACGACCUGCACCCGUGAUGCAGAACCCGCUCACUCCGGCCAGCUCCCACAGUGUGGGCUCACCCUUCAGCAUGCCCUCCCCGUCACCUUUUCCCAUGGAGUACGGCAGGUGA